UUGAAGAAAUAGUUAAAUAUUCGAUCCGAUAUUAUUACUCGUAAUAUACGUAGGAUUUUGCGAAAAUAAGGCAGGCAAUCGUAGAUCCUUUGCUGCCGUUCCGCUAAAUACUCUACUGCCUUUUCCCCAACCCUGCUUAGCAACAUCUCCACCAUCUCGUGGUACAAUCCACGCACUACGCACGCGACGCGCGCAAACCAACACCAGUCUAGCGCAUAAAUGGUGUGCCAGCAACAGCGGAGUGCGCGUUAGCCGUGGGCGCCAGUCGAUCAAUCGCUAGGCUACGGAGACUGUCGCGGCGUACUCGUCUCACCCAGGGUCGUCGUCCACAAGAGCCUGCAGGAUACUGGAGCUCGAUCUCUUCCAGCUGCUGAAAACGUUUGCGGUUUCCAGUUGCAAGGCUUCUCCAGGAGUACGAUGGCAGGCGUGAUCAUUCGUCGCAUCGGUGGCUCGCUUAGCGCACGGCGGUACAUGCUCGGAGCUUUGCCGCUACGUCAACGACUAGCAUGUGAAUCCCAGUGCCAGCUUGCACGACGUAGCGCACCGCUGCACAGUAGCGCCGUCCUCGAGCGGCUAGUGUCUUUCCAUCUCUCCGACAUUGGCGAGGGUAUCCGCGAAGUGACGGUGAAGGAGUGGUACGUCAAAGUUGGCGACGUGGUCGAGCAGUUCGACAAUCUGUGCGAGGUGCAGAGCGAUAAGGCAUCGGUUACCAUCACCAGCCGGUACGAUGGCAAGAUCGCCAAGCUUCAUCACGAUGUUGAUAGUAUCGCGCUCGUUGGCAAACCACUACUCGACUUCGAGGUAGAAGAAGACGACGAGAACGACAGUAGUAGCAGCAGCUCAGAUGACGAAUCAGAAUCGCCAAAGGAUGUAGUGUCGGCAAUGACUCUUCCUGGGCAGCUGACCCCCGGCAAGGUGCUUGCAACACCGGCCGUCCGAAGGAUCGCUAUGGAGCACAAGGUUGAUUUGGGCAAGGUGCGAGCUUCUGGGCGUAAUGGGCGCGUGCUGAAAGGUGACGUGCUCGAAUAUCUGCAACUCAUCCCCCAGGGCACCGUGAAGCCCCAUCCCACGUUGGAAAAACCAUCACGCCCAGCAGCAGCAGUAGCAGCUUCCGCUUCAAAAAUUUCUCCAGCGUUCGUCGAUCUGAAGGAUGCGCACACGGUUGUGCCAUUGAAAGGCAUAGCCAAGGCUAUGGUGAAAUCUAUGACCGAGGCGUUGAAAAUUCCUCAUUUUGCAUACUGUGACGAGAUCGACGUUACCAAACUGGUUUCGGUACGUAACCAGCUGAAAGAGGAAGCCGCCCGCCGGGGUGUCAAGCUGACGUAUAUGCCAUUCUUCCUGAAAGCGGCCUCGGCCGCGCUGCGCGAAUUUCCGAUUCUGAAUAGCUCGUACGACGAGUCGGCCGAAAGCGUCAUCUACAAGGCGUACCAUAACAUCAGCGUCGCCAUGCAAACGCCAAACGGUCUUGUGGUGCCAAACGUUAAGAAUGUGGAACAGAAAUCGAUAAUGCAAAUUGCGGCCGAUAUGAACGCACUGCAAGAUCGGGGUACACGCAGCGCAUUGACGCCGGAUGAUUUCGCCAACGGAACGUUUGCCCUCUCGAAUAUAGGAAUCAUUGGCGGAACUUACACGCAUCCGGUUGUGAUCUCGCCUCAGGUAGCGAUCGGAGGUCUGGGAAAGACGCGCGUACUACCCCGUUUCGAUGCAGCCGGCAAUGUGACGGCAGCGCACAUCAUGGUGGUUAGCUGGACAGCGGACCACCGCAUAAUCGACGGUGUUACGAUGGCUAGUUUCUCGAACCUCUGGAAGCAGUACCUAGAGAACCCGAACAUGCUACUCCUCGCUGUCUAACAGCAUUUCCCUUUCAGCGCGUAGAUCAGUAUGACGAUUACGCCGUAUUCAACUGCAUUCCAACCAACGUGCCGAUAUUGCAUUUACUAGUCUGUAAGACAAGAGAUACCUAGAUGGCCUGCCUAGAUAUCGAGGUUGGUCAACAACGUGUAUCGAGCACUUCUUGCGCCCAAACUGUAGUAUAACAUGUGUUUUAUUUGCCUAAGAAAUAUUGCGAAAUGAACGAAAUCGAAACUCCUAUAUCUUUA